UUGGAGUCGAGGAGGCGGAGGAGGAGGGGGCGGAGGAGGAGAGGAGGGUGGGGGCAGCUCAUUGCUCUACGUAACCCUUCCUAAAAGCCUCGACACCAUCCUGGAAUAGUUGUUUUCUUUAUUUCUUUAUAUAUUUUUUUCACCUGUUUUUUUUUUUUUUUUUUUUGCUUCAAACUUAACACCCAAGUUGCUGGAACCGCUGCUGUGGCUCCACUUUCCCCCGGCCCCUCUCUCCUGUAGCGCUCACUAUCGACAUGGAAGAUGGUCCGUCUUCGACAAGCUGUUUCAGAAGGUUAACGGACUGUUUCCUGGGUGCAAGCUUGACAGAUGAGAAAGUGAAGGCCUACCUCUCAAUGCAUCCGCAGAUGCUGGACGACUUUGUGUUGGAAAGCGUGAGUGCAGAGACGUUAGACAGAUGGCUGAAGAGGAAGACCGACAGCAGCAGGCCUGCAGAUGACACAUCAGCUAAAGAAGUCAGCAGGUACCAGGACACAAAUAUGCAGGGUGUGGUGUACGAACUCAACAGCUACAUGGAGCAGCGACUGGACACUGGAGGAGACAACAAACUCCUGCUCUACGAGUUGUGCAACAUCAUCAAAACAGCAACGAAGGCUGAUGGAUUUGCACUUUAUUUCUUGGGAGAAUGCAACAAUAGUUUAUGUUUGUUCACUCCAACGGGGGCUAAGGAUGGCCCCCCAAGCCUCAUCCCCUCUGGCCCCAUCACAUUAGGAACAACCAUUGCCGCUCACGUUGCCAAGACUCGUAGAACACUGCUAGUAGAAGACAUCAUAGGGGAUGAACGAUUCCCCCAGGGCACAGGGCAGGACUCAGGGAUCCACGUUCACUCUGUCCUGUGCCUCCCCAUCCUCACUGCCAUCGGGGACCUCAUUGCCAUCCUGGAGCUGCAGCGGCACUGGGGCAAGGAGCCCUUCAACCUCAGCCACCAGGAGGUUGCAACAGCAAACUUAGCAUGGGCUUCGGUUGCUAUUCAUCAAGUACAGGUGUGCAGAGGCCUCGCCAAACAGACUGAACUGAAUGACUUCCUACUAGAUGUGUCAAAAACAUACUUUGAUAACAUUGUGGCAAUAGAUUCUCUACUUGAACACAUUAUGAUAUAUGCAAAAAACCUGGUGAAUGCAGACAGAUGUGCACUCUUCCAGGUUGAUCACAACAAUAAAGAGCUGUACUCGGACCUGUUUGACAUUGGGGAGGAGAAAGAAGGCAAACCUGUCUUUAGGAAAACCAAAGAAAUAAGGUUUUCUAUAGAAAAAGGAAUAGCAGGACAAGUGGCCCGAACAGGAGAAGUUCUUAAUAUCCCAGAUGCCUAUGCAGAUCCAAGGUUUAACCGAGAGGUGGACCUCAAAACUGGUUACACCACCCGAAACCUCCUGUGCAUGCCCAUCGUGAGCAGGGGGACUGUUAUAGGUGUGGUGCAGAUGGUAAACAAACUAAGCGGAUGUGCCUUCACUAAAACAGACGAGAACAACUUUAAGAUGUUUGCUGUCUUUUGUGCUCUGGCCUUACACUGUGCAAAUAUGUACCACAGGAUCCGGCAGUCUGAAUGCAUAUACAGAGUAACGAUGGAAAAACUGUCUUAUCACAGCAUCUGCACGUCAGAAGAAUGGAAGACUCUUUCUCAGCUCAACCUCCCUACACCCAUUUAUAAAGAGAUUGAAAUGUUUCACUUUGAUAUCAGUCCCUUUGAAGAGAUCUGGCCUGCAGUUUUCAUCUACAUGGUCCAUAACUCCUGUGGAAAGACCAGCUUUGAGCUGGAGAAAUUGUGCCGGUUCACUAUGUCUGUGCGGAAGAACUACCGACGUGUGCCCUACCACAAUUGGAAGCACGCCGUGACGGUGGCACACUGUAUGUAUGCCAUCUUACAGAAGACCACUGGGACGUUCACAGAGCUGGAGAAGAAAGGUCUGUUAGUCGCUUGUCUGUGUCACGACCUGGACCACCGGGGGUACAGCAAUGCCUACCUGCAGAAGUUUGACCAUCCGCUGGCUGCUCUGUAUUCCACCUCCACCAUGGAGCAGCACCACUUCUCUCAGACUGUCUCCAUCCUGCAGCUGGAAGGGCACAAUAUUUUCUCCAACCUGAAUUCCAGUGAGUACGAGCAGGUGCUGGAGAUCAUCAGGAAGGCUAUCAUCGCCACCGACCUGGCCCUGUACUUCAACAACCACCAGCAGCUGUCGGAGCUGCUGCUCUCUGGUGGGCUGGACUUCAACAACCACUCCCACAGGGACCGUGUGAUUGGUCUGAUGAUGACAGCAUGUGACCUGUGUUCUGUUACCAAGCAAUGGCAAGUCACACGACUCACAGCCAACGACAUCUACGCCGAGUUCUGGGCAGAGGGUGAUGAGAUGAAGAAGAUUGGGAUGCAGCCCAUCCCUAUGAUGGACCGGGACAAAAAGGACGAGGUUCCGCAAGGACAAGUGGGUUUCUACAAUGCUGUUGCGGUUCCAUGCUACACAACAUUAGCAGAACUUUUCCCUCCGUCCAGUCCUCUUCUAAAAGCCUGCAAGGAGAACUUGGGCCAGUGGGAGAAGAUUGCACGAGGUGAGGUGGAGGAUGUUGUGCCUACUCGAACUCGUGAUUCUGGCCCUGUCAAGGUGGACAACUGAGUACCAAAGGGGUUCCUGGCCCACCAAAGGAACAGAACCUGCAUCCUGCCACGGCCCUGGAAUUUUGUACUUUUAAGAGGAGGAGGAGCCCACAUCGUGAGCGAACAACAGCUAAAUCAGCUUAAGGCAACUUGACUUUACAAAAACACACGGUUACCUCAUAGGGUGACAGAGGUGUCAACACUGGCAGUUUCACCAAUCACACAGACUGACUGACAGCUGAUGGAACUAAGGGACUUGACACGUGACCCUGCGUCCACUCAGUUUGAGAAUUUAUUUGGUAGAAUGGACCUGUGCUUGUUUUGGUUGUUUUAUUAUUAUGUGUCAUUUCUUUGACUCUUUUAUGGUCUUGUAUUUGCAGAGGCCUUACUCUGAACCUUUUGCAGGCAAUAUGUGAAAUCCUGUUGACGAUUCAACAAGAUUCAACUUUAUUUUAUUUUUUUAAACGGUACUGUUUGCCUUCUGUGGUAGGUUUAUCGUACAGGCACUACUUCAGCAAACGUUUCCCAGAGACAGAAGGAAUGUGUAGAGCAGAUGUAUGGUGAAAUGCUGCCUUAAUUAGAAGGUGGUUUUUCAGAUUUUAUUUUAUUUUUUUAACACUUUUAGAGCAAAGAUCCUUUGCAGUACUUGAAAAAAAUAGUGAUACAGCCUAUUCUGGGAGAUCGCAGGAAUCCCCCUGCAGCAUAUUUCACGAAAACGUGGAUGAACUGUGAUGAAAUGAGUUUGAUAAUGUUGACAUAUCUGAAGGCAAUCACAGGAUAGUCAUAAUGUUUCUCCCUGUGGUGGACCACACAGCACUGUCCCCAGAUCCCCUUAGAUUCAGUGACCUGUUUUACAGUAAAUCUUUUUUUUCAUCAUCAUCAGAUCAUCUGAUCCCAUGUCUACAGUCUAAGUCAAUAGAAUUAGUUACUAGAGUUACUAGAACAGUCCGAAUUCACACAUUCACAAAUUAUGCUAGAACAUGAGAGUAAUAUUUAAUUUAUCAGUUAAGUAUAUUGUGGGGUUUUGGCCAUGAGUUGAAGCAUUUCUCCCUGAAAUAUUGUAGGUGUGUCCAAACGGCUAAGACCGAUGUGAAUAGCGGUCCAGUGUGUAGGAGAUGGGGACACAUAGUGGUGAGAUGGUAACAAACACAUAUAGAGCCUGUUAUUGAACUAUAGUGACCUUUGUGUUCCAGAAAGGAAGAUGUUUUUUUUUCACUAUUUAUUUUGUCAGUUUUAAUAUAAAUAGAUAAGCUCACUCACUCUGGCUGUUUUUUUUUCUGUUCAUAAUAGUGAUGGUUUAAUUAAUGGAUUCUCCCAAGGUCACUUGUUUUUCCCUCCUGCUUGUCAGCAUCUUUAUCACAUCUCCGUGUUUCUUUUACCUUACUUUUCCUUUUGAUUUUGUUCUUUCAAAAUCACAGCAUCUUUAGUGCAGCCAUUUCAGACGUGUUUUUAUUUUUAGACACGUCCACUUUUGUAAAACCUUUAUCUUGUCACACACAACCUUACCACUGAUCUUUGAUCUCACUUUUUCUUUAGCACUUUUAUGCACUUUCUUUUGCUUUAAAUGAUUGAUUCCAGAUAUUUAAAACUGUUAAUCUUUGAAAGUUUUCCCUUUUCUCCUCCUGCAUCUUCCUCUUCCUUUUCCUUACACUUGUUUGUCAUUCCAACUGCCAACAUCCUCCUUGUCCUGCAGUCCUUAUACAGGUCGUGCACUGCCAUCACAUACUUCUCUGCCACUCCUGACUUCCUCAGCAGCCUGUGACCUUGUGGCUACAGGGCUGCCAGUUUGUGGAGAAAAUACUCAAACCCUUGUGCAGUAAAGUGCAGGCACUGCUCCCAUUUCACAAAUGGGUUUUACAGGGAGGAUGCAUUGGUUGUGUACAGCAAUAAAAAUAAAGUCGAUCUAUCUCUCAAACAGUAUCACAGUUCCCUCUUUGGGAACUGGUUCAUUCCUAAUAUAAUUUUACCAAAAAAAUGCUGGUGAACCUAUAUAUCUGACACAAGACCUGAAAGAUGAAAGGGUGGUGAAUUUAAAUGGUGUAAUUAAAUUGAGCAUUGAGGGCUGGGUUAGCUAGCAGCCUAUGUGGUCUUUUUUUCCCUAACAUUUGUCAGUGUCCUUGCUGGUGACAACACUGAACUUUGUCCAUUUCGUUCUCCACAUAGCAGCUUCACUGGCAGCUCUGUAACUGUGAGCUUAUGGAACUGCAAGAAGAGAGGAGGAAUGUAGGUUUUUAACUUUUUUUCCCUCAGUCUCCAUCGUCACACCAGGGAGGACACUUGGACUCUUUCUUUCAGAUGCGUUCCCAAAAUCUUCCAAGAGGACAUAAUUAUUUUUAUGAAAAUGUCAAUCCAGUGGACAAUUUUCCCUCCAAGGAUUAAUCAUUUCUUUCACGACUGGUACUGUGCUCCUAGCCACCUCACCUCGCAUCAUUACCCCCCCACCCCCACCCCCGUGAAUGUACACUUGGAUGAAUGUUUUGUUGAUACCAGAUCCUUACUGGGGGCAUGUGGGUUCACAGCACCCUGUCAGUUUCAGUGAUGUGCUCUGUGUGACUCAUAAGAAUGGCUUCCAGUUAGAUUCAGCCAAGAGCAACAACUCCAUGCACCUAAGGAGACGUUUAUAUUUGCGUAUGCUGCGUACAAACAUACGAAAUACUUUGAACAGUACAUUUGCUCUGACGGUGCUAAAUUGAAUUGAAUUUAUUGUGUGUGUGUGUGUGUGUGUGUGUGUGUGUGCGCGCAUGCACAAAUGUGGGAGAAGGAGAAAGAAAGCUGAUGAUCUCUGCCCCUCUGCCCUCCCCACACCCUUCCUCACCCCUCUCUCCCCCCUUUACGAGUAAAUGGUUAAGUCCAUAACACUGCACUGUCUGUUCUACUUUUCAGCACCAGAUAUAUCCCAUUGUCUGCACUAUGUUUAGCUUAUGAUCUUUAUCAAUAUUAUUAUUGAUGAUAAAUAUUAUUAUUGCUGUUAUAACUAUUGUUAUUUUCUUAAUUAGAGUUACAUUUAAAUUAACUUAUAUUUUUAUACAAAAUGAAAUAAAUGUUUGUCUUUUUGUUUUGUACAGAGCAAACAUCAAUAUAAACAACACCAUCUGGACAUGUUACUGUUACCCAGAAUAACUGAGGAAUGUCUCAACUGUAAAUGUAAGAGCAGUAGUCCAAAAGAAUUUUAUUAAAUACCUGAAAAGAACA